AUGCAAAUGAUUGGCACGUCUUCGGACACCUCUUACAACUGGCGAUCCCACUCGCUGUGUGGCUUAGACUCCAGUCUCACAGCUUCUCAGCUAACGGCCACCUUGCAAGGAUUGCCUGACGAUGGUAAAGGAUUAGGUGACUCGUCUGGUGAUACGGUGCUCUAUGAUUCUCCACCAGCACUGGGUGCAAUAUCUGGAGAAGGUGUCUUGGAAAAUACCAACGCCUGGAUCAGCAUCUCUGGUCUCUUGACAUCUAUCGCCAGUCUUCACGAUCCCAAUAAUUCGAAACCCCGUUCUCCGCCUCUUGAACACUAUAUACCAACGGACCUACUGCAUGAUCGAUUCUAUGCGAUCCCGGAUCGAGCCCAAAAUGUGGAUCGGUAUAUCCAGGAGAUGGUCGAUCUACUCGUAGCCGACGAUCUACGGAUGCGAGAAGGAGUGAAAGAUGCAUUGGGCACAGAACUGAACACAGCAUUAUUUCCGAUCCUCCUGAAACAUCUCAAGUCGAUUGUCGCGCAUUUCUUUGAGAACGAUCGAGUGAAGCCGCAGAGUCCGUUCAGUCACUUCAUCGAACAAGCCAUCUCGAUGCUACGCCUCUUCUUCGAGCGGAUCAGCGAGCCCCUCUCCGAGCUUACCUCCGAGCGCGUCUGCUCCCUGCUCAUCGACUUUACGAGAUAUACCAACAGACUUGGUAACCUUGGCUCUGAAUUCCAAGCGAUUGCCACUCGGAUCAAGUAUAAGAUGGCCCAGCUCUGCGAACUUAUCGUUGCUCAUAAGGACCGGAUCCCCUUGAUCACUAACCCAGUCGUCAAGAACCAGAUGAUCGAUUACUUCUUGGCUUGGGCCACCAAUGUCAACAUGGUGUCGUGUAUUUCGGCUGAGGAAGCGAGUCGUCAGAGAGCUAACAGAGACCUCAGUCUUGCCUGUCUCAAGGCGCUCUCGGCGUUCUACGAUGGCCUCAAACUUCAAGCUAGACAUUACUUGCUCCGGCAAGGUCCUAAUCCUAACCUCGUCCAUAUUCGUCUGUUCAGUCGUCAUUACAAUUAUCUCACUUUUAUGUUGACUGAGGUCACUAAAUUAGAAGUAUGUUGGGUCUGGAUUCCGCUCUUCGUAGGCGGUUGCGGUUCGGAGUCGGAAGCUGGAGGUAGCUUAGCGGGAAAUGGACCUACGCCGGAACUAGCCGCGGCAGUACAACGGGAGCUGAGCUCAAUCACGCGGGAGAUUGUGCAGCUGUCAGGCUUCUGUGAGCAGACAAUGAACUGUCUUGUCAAGCUCAGACGUUGGACCUUCUCUUUGAUAGCAUCUUCAACCUCCAGUGAAGUAUUUGUCCUCUCGGGGGCGUAA